AUUGUUUCAUUGUUGAAACAAGAAAUUUUGGUCAGUACAAUAAUCAGUACAAUGCAAGUGCUCGCAGCAAUUCUGAUAAGCACUUCUGUGUUUUUGGGAUUUUGUAUGGCUGGAGAGCCGUGCUUCGAAGAUGAACCAUGCCCAUUUACCGUAGCACCUCACAGUGUAAAAGAUGAAGCGGAAGAUUCUGGCAGAUCUCACAACCAUCACAGCACUAGUAAAUCAGAGCAUAGGCGUUUCUCAAGACAACUCUAUCCAUCAGAUGACGUGUGCAAUCGAGGUGAUCUGAGGAAAGUCAUCGAUGAGAAUAUUGUGGAAGGCAACGCCGGAGUGUCCAGAAGUAAAAUCUAUAAGGCAUUCUUUGAGACGGGUGCGGCUCGAGAUCAGAUCAAUCUGAUAUGCUCUACGUCACCACUCAGCUACAAUGUUGUAUCGUCAACAUACUGUGAAUCAACCUUCAAAGGUGUCACAUGCCUUAUAUUCCACUCCUAA